GCUUCGUCGAAAGCCUUCCGCGCCCUCUUGAGCUCCUCAUUCAUGGUGAGCAGAUCUUUGACCCUGGCGAACUUCCUGGGGUCUUUCCGUAUGAGGAAGACAAUGUCCUCCACCUGGACGCGGCCCUGGCGUCCGAUGGACAUGGCUUUGUGGGUCAUUUCCGUGAUGAACUCGAUGACAAGGUCCUCUAGGAUGUCCACUGACUCGGUGUACGGGUUCUGGUCGUCCCCGAAGCCGUACAUCAUGCAGCGGAGCUCCUUGGAGAAGAGCCUCUUCCUGCGGCCGUGGCACACGUCCACUCCUCCGCAACCUUCGUCCAGCUCCUCGUCGAAGGCGGUCUCGUCCUCCUCGUCCGCCAUUCUGCCAGGGAAACAUACCGGAUUCAUUACAUUCCACCGAGAAUUCCCCAGAUGAGUACAUUACCUGGGAUUCAGCGAAGAAUCGUCGUGAGCUGUUGAUUACAAGACAACGUCCGCGUUUGGGUCCUCGACCCGGAAGUGAUUCCUACAGGCUCUGGUGAACCUACUAGGUAACAUUGCCCCGCUGUGGUGCAUUUCCACCGCGUCCACUUCCAGUUGGGUAACUGACGUGUACUUCAGUUCUCGUUUUUCAUGAACAACCCAAAUAAGUCUGUGAUUUUACUAUUCUUUCCGCUGCGUGUGCUGCUACAACGCAUGCGCACUGCCAACGCGCUUCCAAGGUUCGCGUUUGUUAUGAGGUCAGAUAGCAGGUCAUGCUAGUAAUGCUGAUAUUCGUCAGUGGAGUUUGUUAAACUGGUAGUACCACAACUAAGUUUGCCAAGUCAGCUGUCAAGUGUAGCGUAGAGUGCUACAAUCAAGUUGUAUUUAAGAAUAAAUAGUAGUAGCAUUUAGCAUAUGAAACAUAUGGACGUCCCUUUUAGCUGACAAGCUAGCAAACGCACCUCGUCGUAAAAUGCAGUACAGUACAAAAAGGUGCAGAUAGCAUUUCUUCUACACUAGCUGCCUGUUUUAUGGCGUUCCCGGUCCAGUUCCUGUGCAGGACCCUCCGGACUUUGGGACUGGUUCUCCUCUACUACGUCUUCUCCAUCGGCAUCACCUUCUAUAACAAAUGGCUGAUGAAGGCCUUCCACUAUCCUCUCUUCAUGACGCUGGUCCACCUUGCCAUCAACUUCUGCCUAUCGGCGCUGACCCGGCGGGCCAUCCAGUGUUGGACGGGGAAGACUGGCGUUCUCCUCAGCUGGACAGAUUACCUGCGCAGAGUGGCUCCCACAGCCCUGACCACGGCACUGGACAUUGGACUCUCCAACUGGAGCUUCCUGUUCAUUACCAUUAGCUUGUACACCAUGACCAAGUCCUCAGCGGUGCUCUUUAUUCUCUUUUUCUCUCUUCUCUUCAAGCUGGAAGAGCCGAACCCUUUCUUGGUCCUGGUGGUCCUGCUGAUCGCCAGCGGCCUGUUCAUGUUCACCUUCCAGUCCACCCAGUUCAACCUGGAGGGCUUCGUCAUGGUGCUGCUGGCAUCCUUCAUCGGGGGGAUCCGAUGGACCCUCACUCAGGUGCUCAUGCAGAAAGCCGAGCUGGGCCUCCAGAACCCAGUGGACGCCAUGUACCACCUCCAGCCCCUCAUGUUCCUCGGCCUCUUUCCUCUCUUCCUGUAUAAUGAAGGAUUGAUCCUGACCACCUCAGACAAGUUGUUCCGUGUGACGGAGUUGUGGCCUGUGUUGUAUUCGCUGCUGUUGUUGAGCAUGGGAGGAAUCCUGGCCUUUGGUUUGGGCUUUUCAGAGUUUCUGCUGGUUUCAAGAACCUCCAGCCUCACCUUGUCCAUAUCAGGCAUCUUUAAGGAGGUGUGCACGCUGCUGCUGGCAGCAUGGCUGAUGGGAGACAAGAUGAGCGCCCUCAACUGGCUGGGUUUUGCAGUGUGCGUGUGUGGCAUUGCACUACACGUGGUUCUCAAGACCUAUUAUUCCAAAAAUAAACUCCCCUCCUUACGGCAGCUGAAUAGUCGGAGCCCUGAGCUCCAGCUGCCUUUGCUGAGGCACAAUGAAGACCAUUCUGAUGAGGAGGAGGAGGAGGAGGAGGAAGAUAUAUAAUACACCAUCAUCAUCCUCGUGGUGCAAGCCAUCAUCAUUUGCCUCAGGGAUUUAUUGAAAUAUGAUAGAAUGCCUUGGAAUGUUCUACGUGAGGCGAGUCUAUAGGAGAUGGAAAUCCUCAUCACGUCUGCAGGCCAUGAAAAAGUAGUCAACCAAUAUUGCAAGCACACUUGGUGGCCAUGUUGUUGUGAGCAGCCUGGACAUCAUUUCUUCCAACAUGUGGAUCUUUGCUGCUAUGUAGUACUAUGUGGUAUCCUUACUUCAAUGUACGAGUCCUGCUGUUUUCUGUUAAAAUAGGACUGAAGCCACGCGUCAAGACGUACUGAAAGCCAUGAAA